AUGGACUACUGCCAGAUCGAGGACCCCACCAUUCGGGACUACUGCGAAUGGCAAAGAAGCUCGUGGUGCAUGGACGAGAUCCUGGCCAUGGACGAGACCUUCAGCGAGGAAGAGGUGACGCUGAUGGGCAGGUAUCAGCCGUACAACGACGUCGAAGAUGCUCACGAAGACCAGAAUAACAAGGAGGCCCUCCUGGAGGAGGCCUUGUCCAGCAUAGGGAUGCGGCAACUGCUCCCCCAGAUCUCCAUCAGCCACUCCACCGACAUAUCUGAGGAGCUUCGGACGCUGCACUAUCCAUCCCUGGGCCACGAGUGCCACAUGCCAUAUUUCAACUCCAGCGCCUCGGUCUUCGUGCCCGUCUCCAACGCGCAGCCUGCACAGGUGACGGUCAAGUCAGAGGCGAUCCUGGUCAAGGGCGGGAAUGCGGAGGCGCUGCACCCCUCGCACAGCCUGGUGUCCAGCAUGGGCAGCUGGCACUCGUCUACAGAGGCGUGCGUGCCUGAUCUCAGCCCGCGCGAGCCCCUUAUGGGGACCGCCCGCAGCCGCAGCGUCCCCGACUACUUCCGCUCCGGCUUCGCGCCCGACCCCGACUGCCCCGACUCCCAGGCACGCCCUCCCCGCUGA